UGGAGGAGCGGUGCAGCGUGUUCGGUGCGGAGGUCCCCGGCUCUGACCUCUAUUCCUGAGUGACUUCUCUCCGCCUGACACUAGUGGCCCAGAAGUGGCGGUACUAGAGGCCCAGGGCAGUGACAAGGCCCAGCUCUGGGUCUCCCGGGAGCUGGAGAACCCUGAGAGGACACGAGAGACAACCACGUGGCGUAGUGUCAGCACUCCGUUGUUUCAGGGAGACCAUCCUUAUAUGAGUGAGCAAAUCCUUGCAGCAGUGCAGCACUGAGAAGAGGUGGCCGAAGUAUGGAGAUGCAGUCCAGACCAAAGCCGGGCGAGUCCGAGCUGGACCUGCUGCGCUUCCAGAGUCAGUUUCUUGCUGCUGGCACAGCUCCAGCUGUGCAGCUAGUAAAGAAAGGAAGUAGGAGAGAUGGCGGUGCUAACCUGGAGCAGUCUCCCCUGCGGGAGCCUCGGGAUAUGGUGACACUGGACAAUCUCCCGGAUUUGCCCCCAGCUUUGGUUCCUGCUCCCCCAAAGAGAGCCAGACCUGGUCCAGGUUGUCCUCUGCCUGAACAUGAAGACCCUGAGGAGAAACUCAGCAGGCAUGACCAGCACAUCACUGCUGUCCUGAUGAAGAUUGUUGAGCGAGAUAUCAGCUCAGUGGCUGUGAACCUGCCUGUGCCCAGUGGUGUUGCUUUCCCUCCUGUCUUCCGUCGCUCACAGAGCAGACAGGGGAAAUCAUCAACAUUUGGUAAGAGAAGCAUCUUUGCCCAGGAAAUUGCAGCACGGAGAGUGACUGAAGCCAGGCUGUCACCAUCUGGAGAAGAUGUUCCACCCCAGGACCCACCAGAGGGUACUGCGACCUGUCAGGCACUUUCUCCUAAGGAACAUAGCUCCCAGCUUCAGUGGGGCAGCCACAGCUUCCAGGAGCCCCAUCUGGUCACAGGGCAGGGGCUUCAGGGUCAGGAGGCCAAACAGGAAGUCCAGCGCAUCCAUGAAGAGAACCUGGCAAGACUGUACACCAUGACUCCUGAGGAGAUCCUGCAAGAACAGAGUCACUUGAUAGCUCAGCUUGAUCCCAGCUUGGUGGCCUUCUUGCGAUCUCAUAGCCAAACCUGUGAACAAGCAGGAGAGAAGAGCACAGAGGAGCAAAAGUCUAGAGGCCCUGCUGUGCAGGUCACUGGGGGAAAAUGCACCGUGCCAGUUUCUCCCAGUGAGCCCAGAAAGGAAGAACUGGAGCCCAGAGCCUCAGCCCUGGCACUGCCUGUGACUCCCAAUAAAGAGUGGCUACACAUGGAUACUGUUGAGCUGGAAAAGCUCCACUGGACUCAGGACUUGCCCCCACUACAGCAACAGCAAACUCAAGAGAGGAUGCAGGCCCGAUUCAGUCUCCAAGGAGAGCUAUUGGCUCCUGAUGUGGACCUGCCCACCCACCUGGGCCUUCACCACCAUGGAGAAGAAGCAGAGAGAGCAGGGUAUUCCCUGCAGGAGUUGUUCUACCUAACGCGUAGCCAGGUGUCCCAGCAGAGAGCUCUGGCACUUCACGUUUUGGCCCAAGUCAUCAGCAGGGCUCAGGCUGGUGAGUUUGGGGACCGGCUGGAAGACAGCAUCUUGCGCCUCCUUUUAGAUGCUGGCUUUCUUUUCCUGUUGCGCUUCUCCCUGGAUGACCGAGUGGAUGGGGUCAUCGCAGCUGCAGUCCAUGCUCUUCGGGCUCUGCUGGUGGUACCUGGAGAUGAGGAGCUCCUUGAUAGCACCUUCUCCUGGUACCUUGGAUCUGUUGUGUUUCCAUUAAUGCCCAGCAAGGAAGACAAAGAGGAUGAGGAUGAGGAUGAACAGCCCACAGCAGAAAAAGCAAAAAAGAAGAGUCCUGAGAGAGGAGGCCGUCCUCCAUCAGAUUUGGCCCGGCAUGAUGUCAUCAAGGGGCUUCUGGCCACCAGUUUGCUGCCCCGGCUGCGUUACAUUCUUGAGGUGAUCUGCCCAGGACCUUCUGUGGUCCUUGACAUCCUGGCCGUACUCAUCCGCCUGGCCCGGCAUUCCCUGGAGGCAGCCACAAGGGUGUUAGAGUGCCCACGUUUGAUAGAGACUGUGGUUCAAGAGUUCCUGCCCACCAACUGGACCCCUGUGGAGCCAGGGCCUGCCACUAGUCUACACAGAGUGCCCUGUGCUGCUGCCAUGAAGUUGCUCCGAGUGCUGGCUUCUGCCAGCAGGAAUAUUGCUGCUCGUCUACUGAACAAUUUUGACCUCCGGAGCCGCUUGUGUCGCUUCAUAGCCGAGUCUCCCCAAGAAUUGGCCUUGCCCCCAGAGGAAGCCGAGACACUGAGCACCGAGGCCUUCAGACUGUGGGCUGUGGCUUCAUCCUAUGGCCAGGGUGCUGAUCUCUAUCGGGAGCUGUACCCAGUGCUGAUGCGGGCCCUGCAGGCUAUGCCCAAGGAGCUCGGCACUCACUCUCCUCAGCCUCUGUGUGUGCAGCGCAUUUCCUCAAUGCUGACACUCCUCACCCAGCUGACCCUAGCAGCCAGCAGUGCCUCAGAGGCCAGCAGUGACUAUCCCAAGACCCGCCUAUUGCCCUUCAUCAGUUGGACCCAGGUAUCUGGACUCAAGCCUCUUGUGGAGCCAUGUUUAAGACAGACCUUAAAAAUGCUGCCCAGGUCAGAGGUGUGGUAUGCCCUGGGCUCAGUACCCACUGCCUGCCUGCUCUUCCUGGGUGCCUACUACCAGAGCUGGAGCCAACAGCCAGGAGUAUGCCCAGAGGACUGGCUUCAAGACAUGGAGCACCUAUCUGAGGAGCUGCUGCUGCCCCUGCUACACCAUCCCACCUUGGGCAACCUCUGGGAAGCCCUUGGGCACUGCUCCCCCCUCUGCAACCCACUGUCUUGUGCUCCGGGCCCUGAAGCUCUCCCGAGCCUUGUGUCCCUGGGCUGCUCAGCUAGUUGCCCUCUUCUCAGUCUGGCCAGCUCAGCCUCUCCCUUCCCCUUCCUCACCGCACUCCUCGCCCUCUUCAACACUCUGACUCGGCUCCACAAAGGACUUUGUGGCCAGCUAGCUGCCAUAUUGGUUGCCCCAGGACUCCAGAAUUACUUCCUUCAGUGUGUAAACACUAUGGCUGCCCCCCAACUCACACCCUUCUCUGUGUGGGCCCUGCGCCAUGAGCACCAUCUGCAGUACCUGGCACUUGCUCUGGCCCAGAGAGUGGCAAUGCUGCAGUCUGUCUCAGCUCCCAGCACUGCACUCCAUCACAGCCUGGCCUUGAUCCUGCUGAGCCGGCUACUGCCCGGCAGUGAGCACCUUGCACAAGAGCUGCUACUGAACUGUGUGUUCCAGCCAGAGCUCCUUCCGGAAAAAGCAUCUGGGGGUCCAGAGGCAGCUGACUUCUCUGACCGGCUCUCCUUAGGGAGCAGCAAGGACCCUGGGUGUGGGCGAGGGGCUCUGCUAGCUCAAGCUUGCCAGAACCUCCCCAGCAUCCGAGGCUGUUACCUGAGCCACUGCUCACUGGCCCAGGCCAGCCUACUAGCUUCCCAGGCUAUAUACCAAGGGGAGCUACAGCAAGUGCCAUCCCUGCUGCUCCCUGUGCCCAAGGAGCCACUGCUGCCCACAGACUGGCCUUUCCUGCCACUCAUCCACCUCUACCACCGAGCGUUGCACACCCCCUCAGGGCCCCUUUCUGCUGACACCAUGGGUACCACCAUGCGGACUCUGCAGUGGGUGCUUGUCCUAGAGAGCUGGCGUCCCCAGGUCCUGUGGGCUGUGCCUCCUGCUGCCCGCCUGGCCCGACUCAUGUGUGUCUUCCUGGCAGACAGUGAACUUUUCCGGGAAACCCCAAUACAACACCUGGUGGCAGCCCUCUUGGGUCAACUCUGCCAGCCUGAAGUCCUCGCAAAGCUCAACCUGGAUUGCCCGCUUCCUGGCCUGGCAUCUUUCCCUGAUCUCUAUGCCAACUUCUUGGAGCAUUUUGAGGCUGUCUCUUUUGGAGAUCCCCUCUUUGGGACUCUAGUCCUCCUUCCUCUGCAGCGUCGGUUCAGUGUCACCCUGCGCCUGGCCCUCUUUGGAGAGCACGUGGGAGCAUUGCGAGCUCUAGGACUGCCUCUGACCCAGUUGCCUGUGUCCCUGGAGUACUACGUGGGACCCCCUGAAGAUAACCUGGACCUUCUCCAGCUCUACUUUCACGCCCUAGUUACUGGUGCACUCCGUCAAGACUGGUGCCCUGUGCUCUAUGUUGUGGCCAUAGCUCACGUGAACAAUUUCAUCUUCUCCCAGGACCCAAAGAGUUCAGAUGAUGUCAAGACUGCCCAAAGAAGCAUGCUGCAGAAAGCUUGGCUGCUGGCAGAUAAGGGACUCCGGCGCCACAUCCUCCUAUAUAAACUUCCUAAUGCUGACCUCCCAGAGGGCUUUGAGCUCUAUGCCCAGCUCCCCCCUCUGCGUGAAAAGUAUCUUCAGACUCUGACCCCAGGAGUGUUCUGAAAUGUUGUCAGUGACCUAGCAUAGCUACUUCAGGUAGAGACAGGUAUAUUACUCUGGGGUUCACCCAGAGGUGGCUGGCCACACAGAAAUGCUUCAUGUAUUAAGGAUACGCAGGGAACUGAAAGGGAGACGUGUAUUCUGGGAUCUUCCAGGGUACCUGUCAUGCCUGUCAUGCCCUGAUACUCAGAGCUUAGGGUCUGGGGCUCUAGGGGUCUGUGCUAGGAGUGAAGGGUGACUUACCCCUUCUUGAGAAGACAAAGUUCAACCCUCUUCCCCUGCUCCACACCAGAGUGUGUGAAUAUUGGAACUGUAUAGUGAAAUUAAAAAAAGUUUUGUUUUUA